CUCCUCUGAUCCUUUGAUUACACAACACAGAGACAACAAUGGCUUCGCAUUACUACACCCAAAUCCAAUCAUCAUUACAUAUCCUUGCAGCAGCAGCAGCAGCUCUCAUCCUUUGUUCGCAAUCCAGCCUUAUCUGUGGCCAACCGCUUCCGGAGUAUAAUAUUGCCAACUCCUCCUCUAUUAUUUCCUGGACCAACAUAAAUACUAUUAACUACUCCUAUGUCCCAAAUCAUUCAGAUGAAGUUGGAUACACUUGGGCUAUCCUGAUCAGACAAAUUAAUUCUUCUACGAGCUUUGCAUGUGGCCUAAUAUGUGAUGAUUACUUGGGCACUACCUGCCACUUCGGUGUCCUCCUCUCCAAAUAUUUUGAUUACAACCCGCCUCGCAACCACCUGUAUCUAAUGUGGUCUGCUGCUAACCGGAACCAUCGUGUGACAGUAAAUGCAAGCGUGGAACUGAGGCGAGAUGGAGGCUUGUUUCUCAUGGACUCUAAUGGAGCCCUGUUUUGGUCCACGCAAACCAACAUCAAUGGGAGUCGUAGUGUAUCCGGUUUGAAUUUGACGGAGAAUGGUAAUCUUGUCAUUUUUGGAAAAAAUAAUGAAACCAUUUGGCAGUCUUUUGAUUAUCCCGUGCACGUUAUACCACCUAAGCAACUAAAUGGUAGGCCAAUGGAGCUUAUCAGAGGCAACAUAUCAACUUCAAACUAUGGAGAAGAUUGGGUCGUUCCAUUAUCUGGAGUUAUCCUGUUCCGUCAAAGCAGCAUUCAUAAUUAUGCGAUGUUUGCGUGUGGCUUAAUCUGUGAUGACUUUGGCACUACCUGCCUCUUUGGUGUCCUCUCAUUCAAUCAAGAGGAUAUGGAUAUGUAUAUACAAUUAAAGUUGGAUUACCAGAGUCUAAAGUUGGAUUACCAGAGUCUAGUUUGGUCUGCUAGCCGGAACCAUCCCGUUACAGUUAAUGCAAGCGUGGAACUGAGGCGAGAUGGAGGCUUGUUUUUGAUGGACUCUAAUGGAACAGAGGUUUGGUCCACACACACUAGUGGGAAUCCUGCCGUGGGUUUGAAUUUGACGGAGAAUGGAAACCUCGUCAUUUUUGGCAAAAAUAAUGAAACCAUUUGGCAGUCUUUUGAUCAUCCUACAGACACCCUACUACCUGGCCAAGUAAAACCCGGACAGACGCUGAAAGCCAGCAUAUCUACAUCAAACUUUGAAGAAGGUUCGUAUUCACUCUACGUUAGUGAUGACUAUUCGGUUCAUGCUUAUUUACGCUCCUCUAAUGCCUACCCGUAUCAAUAUACCCCGCUUAUGGGAGUAUAUGUAAAUUUUUCGGAAUAUUGGCAAACCGAUGAAUUCCUCAAGUUUGAGCCUAAUGGGCAUUUGGGAGCGUACAGAUUGUCAUCAACACAUGAGUUUGAGGAUGUUUUUGCAGAUUCAAUUGAUUUUUGUGGAUACCCAUUGUCUUGCGGAAGAUACGGUGUUUGUGAGUAUGAUCAAUACUGUAAUUGCCCUGCUAAAAACAGCUUUUUCACGCAAAUAGACAGUAGAGAUCCAAAGCAAGGAUGUUCUUUAAUUACUCCCAUUUCGUGUGAACAUUCCCAACUCCAUACUCUUCUGGAGAUGAAGGAUACUACUUGUAUUGGUGAAUAUUAUAUGAGUGACGAGUUUGGUGAGUACACGGAUUUAGAAAGUUGUAAACAUGCAUGCUUAAGGAACUGCUCCUGCAAAGCAGCUCAAUUUAAUAGUUAUGGUUCAAAAGGAUACUGUGUAUUGUUGAAUGAAGUUCUCUCCCUUGCGACAAGCGACACUAAUGAUGUUUAUCUAAAGGUGCAAAAUUCGUCCACCAUACAUAUGCAUAGCCAUCCAUGGAUUCUGCAGAGGCAUGCCAAGACGAUUUUGGGGACUACUGGUGCUUCCAUAGCUGUUGUUUUAACAAUCAUUGUCAUUUAUUUAUCCUUGCUUAGAAACAAAAAAGUUCAGCUCGAAGAUGAGGAGUUUUUGGAUGGUGUGCCAGGGUUGCCCACACGAUUUUCUUAUCAAGACUUGAGCGCUAUGACCCAAAAUUUCUCUAGGAAACUAGGGGAGGGAGGAUUUGGUUCUGUUUUUGAAGGAGCAUUACACCAAGGCACUAAAAUUGCAGUUAAGUUCCUGAAAGAAGUUGAUCAAAUAAAGAGUUCAUUCUUGGCUGAAGUGGCAACACUAGGAAGCAUGGAUCACGCCAAUCUAGUCAAAUUAAUAGGGUUUUGUGCUGCAAAAUCACAGAGACUUUUGGUGUAUGAACACAUGGCCAAUGGCUCUUUGGAUAAAUGGAUUUUUAAUGGGAAGCAACAGCAGCAGGAACAUGGACUCACUUGGCAAACCAAAAAGAAAAUCAUGUCAGAUGUUGCCAAAGGGUUAGCAUAUCUUCACGAAGAUUGCAAUCAUAAGAUCAUUCACUUGGACAUCAAACCUCAGAACAUCCUCUUAGAUCAAAAUUUCAAUGCAAAAGUGGCAGACUUUGGAUUGUCAAAGCUGGUAGCAAAAGACCAGAGCAAAGUUGUCACAACACUGAGAGGAACUCCAGGCUACAUAGCCCCAGAAUGCACGAGCUUGAUUAUAACGGAGAAAGUAGAUGUGUACAGCUUUGGGAUCGUGAUGUUAGAAAUUGUUUGCGGGCGGAAGAAUGUGGACUGGGAUCAGGCCGAGGAAGAAGUGCACUUGCUGAGCGUGUUCAAGAGAAAAAUGGAAGAAGAUAAAGUUGGUGAGAUGUUUGAUAUGUACAACAAAGAUUUGGAAGUGCAGAAAGAAGAAGGAAUAGAAAUGAUGAGGAUUGCUGGUUGGUGCUUACACAGUGAUUAUACAAAGAGGCCUUCCAUGUCAGAGGUGGUGAAGGCAUUACAAGGUUUGGCAACUGUUGAUGAUAAUAACUUAAACUUGGAUUACAACUUCAGUAAUCAGGAGGCGGAAGCAUCUCCUGAUGCUACCAGCAAUACAGUAUUAGUUUCAUCAAUUUUAUCUGGGCCAAGGUGAACUGUCUGCUUAAUCCUUUAUUCUGUCACAACAUAAUAAAGCAAAUUAGAUAGUUGGUAUCAAUUUCCUGUUGUUUUUGCUACAAUUUACACCUUUAGCUUUGUAUAGUUCUACUUGUGUGUAUGAUGGUCCUAAGUCAAACUGAUGCAAUUUCGCAAGAUACUAGUUAUGUAUUGCUUAUACUGUGAUGCAAUUUUGCAAGAUACUAGUUAUGUAUUGCUUAUA